AUGGCAGCCAAGCCGGAAGCGAAUGCUGGGGAGCCGAUUAGCACCGAGAACCAGGUGCUCCAGGCUGGCGCAUCAGCAAUCCAGGACUUUGCGCCUCUUCGAAACGUCUGCGCUCACCUUAAUGCCUUCCAUGCUUAUGCUUCGGACCCUUCUCGCGUGGUCGAAGCAAACCACUACUGUGGCCAUCUGAACGAAGAUGUACGACAGUGCAUCCUUUACGACAGUCCCGAGCCCAACGCGCGCAUCAUCGGAAUUGAGUACAUGAUCACGCCCAAGCUGUAUGAAACGUUGGACCCGGAGGAGCGGAAGCUCUGGCACAGCCAUGUGUACGAGGUCAAGUCGGGCAUGCUUAUCAUGCCGCAAAGGACACUGCCAGACUCGGUAUGGGAAACAGCGGAGAACAAGGAGAUGGAACAGGUCGUUCAUCUGUACGGCAAGGUCUUCCACCUAUGGCAAGUCGACAAAGGCCACCAGCUCCCCUUGGGCGAACCGCAGCUCAUGACAAGCUUCACUCAGCCGGGGCAAUUCGACUUUGAGAAAUAUGUUAGCGAGAGAGAUCAGAGGUUUAAGUCUGAUUAUAAGCGAAAGCAGGAGGCCCGGAGGCACAUCGAGUCACCCGCGGUUCAUCCCGACGCUGACCAAGCAUGGAAGAACCAUAACAAUAAAGCAUAA